AGGUCAACAGGUAGCAUCAGCGGAAGCUCUAUUGCCUGGAGAUAUUGGGAAUACAGUUCAGCGAAAUAUUUCUCCUGUAGCCACAAGGGGUAUGGAUUCACAGGAGAACAUCUGCGGAUCUGGGUACUCUUCACAACCUUCAUCCUCACAAUGCCCAUCUCCAAACAGGUCUGUUAGUGGGAAGAAAUUGUGUUCCACAUGUGGCCUUCCUCUUGGCAAGGGAGCUGCAAUGAUAAUUGAAACCCUCAGUCUUUAUUUCCACAUUCAGUGCUUUAAGUGUGGGAUUUGUAAGGGACAACUGGGAGAUGCAACGACAGGAACAGACGUCAGAAUACGCAAUGGGUUAUUAAACUGCAAUGAUUGUUACAUGAAGUCCAGAAGUAAGGCCCUUGAUUAUUUUCAAAUAUUCCAAUACUUGCUCAUUUCCCCCUUUUGCACAAAACUGCCAUUACAUAUUAUUUAUUCUACUUAAACAUAUUCAGGACUUAUGGGGUAUAAUGCCUUGUGCCUUCUUGGAGUAGAUUCAAAUCUCUCCAGGAAGAAUUCAGUGCAGCUUCUUGCUGGUAUAAGUUCGACAUUUUUAGAGUUCCGAUAGGCAAAGAGGGACAUCUCCUGCUGGGGCCCAGCAAAACCCUCAAGUUCUCAUCAUGUAUAUUAUUAUUAUUAUCAUUUAUUUGUAUAGCGCCCUCAACUUCCGUAGUGCUGGGUACAGUGAUUAGGGUAUACAAUGACAAGGUAUUGUGAUAAAAUACAAAACAUAAAAGUAAAUAAAUCUAGUACAAGAGGA